AUGCAUCCUCGGUCCAAACAUUGGCACCUCAUAGAUUACAUCCUAGUGCGCCAAAAAGACCUCAAGGAUGUCCUUCACACCAGAGUGAUGCCCAGUGCAGAAUGUCGCACGGACCAUCGACUAGUGCGUUGCCAACUCAGGAUGCACCUCACACCCAAACCAAGGAAGGGAGGGCCCUCCACUAAAAAGUUCGAUCUCAAGAAGCUUCAGUCAGCUGAAGUGAAAGCUGACUUUCAGGCAGGCCUACAGUCCAAGCUUGAGAUCGUUGACUACCCAGAAGACCCCUCACCUGAAACACUCUGGGAUCAACUGAAGACUGCCAUCCUGCAAACCUCCGAAGAAGUUCUGGGGUUUACCACCAAGAGGAACAAAGACUGGUUCGAUGAGAACAACCAAGAGAUCCAGGAACUGCUGACAAAGAAGAGGUCAUCCCAUCAGGCCCACCUGGCACAGCCGUCAUGUCCUGUGAAGAAAGCUGCCUUCCGUCUCAUUUGCAGCAACCUCCAGCACAAGCUUCGAGAGAUCCAGAACAAGUGGUGGACUAACCUCGCAGAGAAAACCCAGCUUUGCGCAGACACUGGUGACUACAGAGGCUUCUAUGAAGCCUUAAAGGCAGUAUAUGGUCCUACUCACCACGUCCAGAGUCCUUUGUGCAAUGCAGACGGACAGGCGCUCUUCACAGACAAGACUUCCAUCCUGAACCGUUGGUCCCAGCACUUUCAGGCCCUCUUCAGCGCUGACCGCGUCGUCCAGGACUCAGCAGUUCUCCGCAUUCCUCAGAAGCCAGUCAUAGUGGAACUGGAUGAACUACCAUUUAUGGAAGAAGUUUCAAAAGCCAUAGAGCAGCUGAAGAGUGGCAAGGCAGCAGGAGUCGAUAGGAUACCACCAGAGAUCUGGAAAGAUGGGGGACCAACACUACACAGCAAGCUCCACGAACUCCUUGUCUGUUGUUGGGAGCAGAGCAAGCUUCCAAGAGACCUCCGUGAUGCAGUCAUCAUCACUUUGUACAAGAACAAAGGAGAAAAGUCGGACUGCUCCAACUACCGGGGUAUAACAAUGCUCUCUAUUGCGGGAAAAAUCCUCGCCCGAGUGCUUCUGAACAGAUUGGUACCCACCAUCGCUGAAGACCACCACCCAGAAACCCAAUGUGGAUUCAGGACCAACAGGGGCACCACAGACAUGGUGUUCGUCCUGAGGCAGCUCCAAGAGAAAUACCGGGAGCAGAAUAAAGGGCUGUACAUGACGUUUGUGGACCUGACGAAAGCGUUUGACACUGUGAGCAGGAAGGGGCUAUAG